UCAUUUGAUGCUUUCAAAUGAGAACGAGAGUGUGUUGUGUUGUUGAUCUAUUUAAAUUUAGUCUUCUCGAUCUCAUCUUCAUCUUCUUCUUCUUCUUCUUCUUCUUCUUCUUCAACUACAUUGCUCUCGAUCUGAAUGUAACAGUUUAACCAUUUGUUAAACUGAAACAGAUCAAUCAUUCUAGAACAAUUAAAUCUAGUUAUACUUAUUCCAAUAACACAACUAGCUCUCUCUCUCUCUCUCUCUCUCUAACCCAUACAAUUUGCCGUCUGCAUUAGAAUCCGUAACGAGAUGUAAUUGUUUCAAUGCCAAAAUAUUUGAACCAUUCAUUUAUAGCUGUUAUCUACACAGAUUCUCAUCGUCAAAUACUGAUCUCGCAAUUUUUUUGGUUUCUCUCGAUGAUCUGAACUUCUGAAGUGAGCAAACACAGCUCUCUCUCUCUCUCUCUCUCUCUCUCUCUAAAAUUCCUUCAUUUGCUUCUAUUUUUUGUAGCAUAAAUUAAAAUGUUUUCAGAAGAUUAAAUGUUUUUACUCCAUCAACAGUCUUCAGUAUGAUCUUCCGAAAUUUCAAGUCUCACCACUUUCACCAGUUCAUCUCUCUCUCUCUCUCUCUAGAGCACGAACACAGACAGACUCAAUAACCUAGAGUCCUCGAUGAAGACUAGGAGGUUAUUUAAUGAUUAUUAAAGUAAUGUGCUGAUUCUGGUGGAGGUGGUGUUUGUGUUAUACAAAUUCUUCUUGUUCGAGUGGGUGGUGAUGGAAACGAUGGAAUCCUGUGUUCCUCCGGGUUUCAGGUUUCAUCCAACAGAUGAGGAGCUCGUCGGAUAUUAUCUGAAGAAGAAGGUGGCAUCGCAGAAGAUUGAUCUAGACGUCAUCAGAGACAUCGAUCUGUACAGAAUUGAACCAUGGGACCUCCAAGAGAGGUGCGGAAUAGGCUACGAAGAGCAGAACGAGUGGUAUUUCUUUAGCCACAAGGACAAGAAGUAUCCAACAGGAACAAGGACGAACAGAGCGACCAUGGCUGGGUUUUGGAAGGCAACUGGGAGGGAUAAGGCAGUGUAUGAUAAGAUCAAAGUCAUUGGCAUGAGGAAGACCCUCGUCUUCUACAAAGGAAGGGCCCCUAAUGGACUGAAAACAGACUGGAUCAUGCAUGAAUACAGGCUCGAAUCCGAAGAGAAUGGUCCUCCUCAGGAAGAAGGAUGGGUAGUCUGCCGUGCAUUCAAGAAACGAAACAAUUGCCAAACAAGAGGCAAUGAAGGAUGGGAUUCAGGUUAUUUUUAUGAUGAACCAAGUGUGGUCAGCUCUAGUAUUGAUCCCAUUGAUUACAUUCCAAGGCAACCGCAGAGUUUUAUGUGUAAGCAAGAGAUCGAAGCAGAUAAUCUGAACUUCUUGCGGUCUGAUCGUUUUGUACAGCUUCCCCAGCUUGAGAGCCCAACUUUACCACUUGUGAAAAGGCCAAGCCUGAUAUCAAUGAUGUCGCCGCCGGAGAAUAAUAACGAAGAAGAAGAAGCAAUAAGAGGGUUCAAUACCGGAGAGAAAGUGACAGAUUGGAGGGCCCUAGACAAAUUUGUUGCUUCUCAAUUGAGUCAAGAAGAUAGAUAUGAUGGUGAAGGGAUUUCAAGCUUUGGAGAUCAUCAUAAUUCGGAUAUGGCUUUGCUUCUAUUGCAGAGUAAUAGGGAGGAAGGGAACAAGUUAAAUGGCUUACUGGGUUCGAACUCAGACUGUGACAUGGGAAUUUGCAUAUUCGAUAAUUGAAGAGAAAGAGAGAGGACAGGUUGAAGAUAAAGAGGGAUUCAGUGCAGAUUGGAGACUGAAGGGUGUGUUACCUUUACUCUUUUUGUUCUUUUUCUUUCCUUUAUUUUUUUGGAUGCUUUAGGACCUAUAAGUUUGUAAAAAGUAUUGUUAUGUAUGACUAGAUCUCUCUCUCUCUCUC